CGCCUGGGCUGUGGAAGCGGAGGGUGGGGACACUCUGGCCCGGCUCUCGGUGGUGCGGGAGCGGGCGGGAGCAGCGGCCGCUCUGGUCGGCGGACGUGCUGCCGAGUAGUCCCGGAAGCGAAGCAGCUAUGGCGGAGAGUCCGACUGAGGAGGCUGCGACGGCGACGGCCGGCGCCGGGGCGGCUGGCCCCGGGGCAAGCGGCGUUGCUGGUGUUGUUGGCGUUAGCGGUAGCAGCGGCGGGUUCGGGCCGCCUUUCCUGCCGGAUGUGUGGGCGGCGGCGGCGGCAGCGGGCGGGGCCGGGGGGCCGGGGAGCGGCCUGGCUCCGCUGCCCGGGCUCCCGCCCUCGGCCGCUGCCCACGGGGCCGCGCUGCUUAGCCACUGGGACCCCACGCUCAGCUCCGACUGGGACGGCGAGCGCACCGCGCCGCAGUGUCUACUCCGGAUCAAGCGGGAUAUCAUGUCCAUUUAUAAGGAGCCUCCUCCAGGAAUGUUCGUUGUACCUGAUACUGUUGACAUGACUAAGAUUCAUGCAUUGAUCACAGGCCCAUUUGACACUCCUUAUGAAGGGGGUUUCUUCCUGUUCGUGUUUCGGUGUCCGCCCGACUAUCCCAUCCACCCACCUCGGGUCAAACUGAUGACAACGGGCAAUAACACAGUGAGGUUUAACCCCAACUUCUACCGCAAUGGGAAAGUCUGCUUGAGUAUUCUAGGUACGUGGACUGGCCCUGCCUGGAGCCCAGCCCAGAGCAUCUCCUCCGUGCUCAUCUCCAUCCAGUCCCUGAUGACUGAGAACCCCUAUCAUAAUGAGCCUGGCUUUGAACAGGAGAGACAUCCAGGAGACAGCAAAAACUACAAUGAAUGUAUCCGGCACGAGACCAUCAGAGUUGCAGUCUGUGACAUGAUGGAAGGAAAGUGUCCCUGUCCUGAACCCCUACGAGGGGUGAUGGAGAAGUCUUUCCUGGAGUAUUAUGACUUUUAUGAGGUGGCCUGUAAAGAUCGCCUGCACCUUCAAGGCCAGACUAUGCAGGACCCUUUUGGAGAGAAGCGGGGCCACUUUGACUACCAGUCCCUCUUGAUGCGCCUGGGACUGAUUCGUCAGAAAGUGCUGGAGAGGCUCCAUAAUGAGAACGCCGAAAUGGACUCUGAUAGCAGCUCAUCUGGGACAGAGACAGACCUGCAUGGGAGCCUAAGGGUUUAGACCCUGCUCCCUUCACCCCUUCCCCUGACUUGAGAGUCCCUUGCCCUCACCCCUGGGAUGGAGAGGCACUGUGUAUCUCCCUCCAAACUUGACGUCAUCCUGCAAGAUGGCAAGAACCAAGCAAGCUCGGAUCCUGGGGUGUGGGAAUGGGGACUGUUCCCGAUCUGACCUCCUUGGCAGUGGAGCAUUUGGGGCUUUGUUCAUCCCAUAUCAGGGGCCAAGGUACCUUUACAGGAGCACCUAGGGUGAGGGCCUCUGGCAAAAACAAAACAACCAACACACCUCUCCACAGGGCCAGCUCCUUAGGGAUAGGUGGAAGACAGAAAUUGCAAUUCCAAGAGGGAGUGUGCCCAAAUGGUUUAUGGGGAUAUCUGGAAGGGAGCUUGGGGUGGGGGGCUGUCUGUGACACUUAAGCAGUCUGGGUGGUUGUCUGUCUGUCUUCAGUCUUGAAGCAGGGCUUCCCAAUGCCCUUUUCCUCCCUGCGACCCCUCCCCCAUUAUUUCUCCCAGGCCAGCAUAAUUUUGAUUUUCCUAAUUUAUAGUCACUGUUCUAGACAGACCAAAGAGAAGGAACAGUGGUGGAGUCUAGGCUGCUGAUCAGUAAGCUUUACCUAGCACCUGAGCACCUUUCUCCCCUGCCCCCCAAUCCUUCCCCCUUUUCUGGAUUUAAGACAGAAGGUCAAUGUGACUGGGACUGAACCAAGUUCUUGGUAAAGCCUGCACAGGCACCAUAAGAAGCUGAAAAUAUUGUUUGUUCCCGCAAUCACUGAUUUGAAAAGUUCUCAGCACAGGCAGCUGCCGUGUGUAUGGGAUUAGAGCCACUACAUAGAAUAGUCUCUUACAGAUUUUCAUAAAUACUAGUCACAAUGAGGGUAUUUCUCUUGAGGGUGGGGUACAGGGGGAGACUGAUGCUAGUCCUUAUUUCGUUUGGCUGUCCUUAUUCAUUCUCACCCCAGCCUGUAGUUGCCCUCCUCACUUCAACCCCAGGGAUUUGUGGGGAGCAAGGGUAGCCAAUGGCAGAAGGGGACUGGGGCUGGGACUCUGGAGACUGCUUCCCUUCUCUCCUCCCCAUCUCCCACAGCUGUUCUUUGUCACUGGCUCUGAUGGGUGUUUGCCUGGCUGUGUUGCUUCUCUAUCUGUAUUUAGCUGCAGUGAUCGUUUAGCUGGUUGGCUCAGAAAAAUGUGCUGUAGGGGCCCUGAUACUGGGCAUCAAGGGAAUCCAUCCUUCCCCUCUUUGAUGUGUUCUCCCCGUACUUCCAGAUUCUUGUUAUGGCUCCCAGUGGGUUUUGGUGAUUCAUGUGAUGCAGGGCCUCAGUCUGUAUCCAGCCACGCGUAAGGGAGAGGAGAAUGUGUACCUGCGCUGCCUGCUGCUGCAUAGGUCUCUGCCUUGUGAAUCAUGGGACUCCUCGGGAACUGUGGGGCAAGGGUGGCUGGGCACAAAGGAGAAUGUCCUACUUGGUAGGGCAGGAAGCAAAAGAUACUGGACGGAGUGGUGAGCUUGGAUAUCUGAAGGCUGAGUCUCUUCAUGUGGAGACUCAAAAAGGGACCCUGCUUCCAAUUUCCCUCUACCAUUCCUGGAGCUAGUCCAGGGCUUAGAAGAAUGCCCUUGGUCUGUGGGUCCGGUGUUGUCUGUCAUUCAUUUAAGUGUUCCCACUUUCAAGUGACAAUCCUCUCCUUGGCCCUGCCAUGGGGCAGAGCAUGUCUGGCAUAGCGGCCUGACUUUUAUGCCCUAAUCUUGAGUUGAGGAAAUAUAUGCACAGGAGUCAAAGAGAUGUCUUUAUAUAUGACUGUACAUAAAUGAAGUUUUUUUUUUCUUUUUGGUGCAAUAAAGUUUGUUUUGGCAGAAGGAGGAAGUGCCUGUGGGUGUGGGAGGGUUUAUGUAAAGGAGGAAUGGGAUCAUCUUGUCAACUGCACCUCACCUGGGACUGUCAGGGAGAAGAAAAGGGCUCAGUGAAUUGUCUGGAAACUGAAAAUUUGUAUCAUAUGGUGAAGGAUGGGGGAACAGGACUACUGCUGACAAGUUUUACACCAAUUGUAAAUGGAGAGGUCCAUCUUUGAGGCUAUGGCUCUGUCAAUGAGAGGAAUGCCACCUUAGUUUCAGUGACUCCCAAAGAAACACCUAUUCCAAAGCUGUGGGGCAUGAGCAUGUCCUACAAGGUCAGGCAGAGGUAGACAGAGAUGAGCCCAGACUCUGUAUUUCCUGCCAGAAGGGUCUCAUUAGGGAGAAGCCAUUGGAUUUGCAGUUUUCCAGUACUAAGCCAGCACUGCUUAGGAAUUAGCAUUUAGGCCAUAAAGAGUGAAAGCCUUAAACUCCUCUGGCCUCUUUCCUCAUCACCACUUCUACUUGCUUUAGGAGAUUCUUGCUUUUAUGGGCAGAGGCUUUUUUCCUCUUGGCUAACCACACGUGUAGAAAGAAAUGUCUACACAGUAUGUCCUGCCGCUCUUGACCCUGCAAAGUAGCGAUACUGGAAAGCAUGUGCUCUGGGGUUAAUAGACCUAGGCUUUAGCCUUGCCUCUGCUUAAGCUGGUGGCCCCUGACAAAUUGCUUUGAUCCGUCACCUAUGAAGUUAAGGCUACCUACUUAACCUUCUAGGGCAGUUGUGAGGAUUAAAUGAGGUGGAUGUGGAAUGGCACAGGGUAAGUGUUCAGUAGAUGAUUCCCUUGCCCACCACUGAGGCUAAAGGGACGUAGUGAUGAAUAUAGGAGGGGAAGAAAGGAAUCUGAGGAAAGUAGUAAGGAAUUUGAGGAAAUAAAACAUUCACUAUUGA